AUGGAGCUGAAUGCCCUGGUGGAAGGGUUCGAGAGAAUUAUACAGACUCUCGAUCAGGUGGUGCAAUUAGCCGAUUUCAAGGACCUUUUACUUGUUAAUAUCCUUACGGCACGGCUCGAUCCCGUUACUCGGAGGGGGUGGGAGGAGAUGUCGGCAUCACGUGAGAAGGAUUCUUUGGUAGACCUGCUUGAUUUCCUUCACCGUAAAAUACAGGUUUUGCAGUGCCUCCCACAGCGGCCCGUGGAUAACAAGGGAAUUCAGCAGCACCAACCGCAGCAAAAACAAAGAGCGUUGAUGACCAGGACAAACUGCAAUUCAUCUCAAGUGUCUGGAGGACGCUGUGUAGCUUGCUUGUCGAACCACUCUCUCUACCAAUGUAAUAUUUUCCAACACAUGAAUGUGGCCGACAGAGAUGCUUUACUGAAAUCUAACUCGUUAUGCCGAAACUGCUUCAGGGCAGGUCACAUGGCUAAAGAUUGCCAAUCCAAAUAUUCUUGCCGUAAUUGCAAGAGUCGCCACCACACAUUGGUCUGUUUCAAACCGGAAAGGAAUCGUAAUGCAAAGGUUUCAGCUGCUUCUCGUGCUGACAAGCCAGCUAUGCAGGACGAAUCAUCUCAAGUGGCAAACCUGGCUGUCACAAACGUGUUCGUUUCGGGUGCAGAACAUCAAUAUUCUGCUAAGGUUCUGUUAGCUACAGCUGUCUUCAUAAUCGAGGAUGUUGAUGGUAACCGGUAUCCUGCCCGCGCUUUACUAGAUUCUGGAUCGGAAAGCAACUUCGUCACUGAACGAUUGAGUCAAAGGCUGAAGGUGAGCCGCGAUCGAGUGGAAGUCUCAGUCCUUGGCAUUGGACAUACGACUAUCAAGGUUAAGCAAAAAAUUCGAGCUACGAUACGUUCCCGUAUAUCAUCAUUUUCAAGAGAAUUAAGCUUUUUAGUACUUCCGAAAGUCACGGUGAAUCUUCCUACCAGCAAUAUAAAUACGGAGCGGUGGGAGAUUCCGAACGGAGUGCAAUUGGCAGAUCCGACAUUUUUCGAGUCUAAAGCGGUGGACUUGGUACUGGGCAUAGAGGCCUUCUUCGAUUUCUUCGAGACUGGUAGAAGGAUUUCUCUGGGACAACAUAUGCCAACACUCAGUGAAUCCGUUUUCGGUUGGGUUGCCUGCGGCGGGCAUACACAUCAAACACAGUCUCUUCAAAUCAAAUGCAAUCUUUCAGCGGUGGAUAGUUUGGACAAAUUGAUCACCCGGUUUUGGUCUUGCGAGGAAAUAGAGUCUGGUAAGGCUCUUUCAUUGGAGGAAAAGCGUUGCGGAGAGCUGUUUUCGCAAACGAUCAAACGUAACCCUGACGGUAGGUACACCUUCUCCUUACCAAAGGAUGAAGCCAUUUUCUCAAGGUUAGGCGAGUCACGGGACAUGGCAUUUCGGUGGCUUCAAGGGAUGGAGCGUAGAUUGGCCAGAGACGAGUCACUACACGAACAAUACACAAACUUCAUGCAGGAAUACUUGCAGCUCGGGCAUAUGCGGAAGGUCGAAGAGGCUGAGGUGAAUACAAUUAAGCGAUGCUACCUACCUCAUCAUCCGGUGGUCAAGGAGUCCAGCACCACCACCAAGGUUCGAGUGGUCUUUGACGCUUCCUGUAAAACGACUUCUGGGGAGUCGUUGAACGAUUUGUUACUGGUGGGGCCAGUGAUACAAGAAGAUCUCCGAUCCAUAAUCCUUCGUAGUCGAGCGAAGCAAAUAAUGCUGGUGUCCGACGUGGAAAAAAUGUUCCGUCAAAUUAAGGUGUGUCAGGAAGACCGCCCAUUGCAAUGUAUCCUGUGGCGCUCGUCUCCAAUUCAUGAUGUUGACACCUACGAACUGAAUACCGUGACGUACGGUACCAAACCUGCACCAUUCUUGGCGACCAGGACGCUGAAACAACUGGCGGUAGACGAGAAGGAUAAUUUUCCGUUCGCUGCAAGGGCUAUUAUGGAGGAUACAUACAUGGACGAUGUAAUAACAGGGUCGGAUGAUCCGGAAUCGGCACGAGCUUUGCGGGUUCAACUAGAUUCGAUGACGAAGAAAGGAGGGUUUAGGUUACGAAAAUGGGCAUCAAACUGCUCUGAUGUAUUGAGUGGGAUUCAAAAAGAGAAACUAGCAAUCCAAUCAUCGGAAGAGAUCAAUUUGGAUCCUGAUCCAUCGAUAAAAACUUUAGGGUUGACUUGGAUGCCAGUUACCGACACGCUUAAAUUUCAAUUUAAGAUUCCAAUUCUCAACCCUAGCGUACCGCUUACGAAACGAAACACUCUGUCGGUCAUUGCUACAUUAUUUGACCCUUUGAGUUUGCUGGGAGCGGCAAUAACUUCGGCAAAAACUUAUAUGCAGCUGUUGUGGACACUUCGUGAUGAAAACGGUCAAAGACUGAAUUGGGAUCAGUCACUACCCUCAACGGUGGGUGAGAUUUGGAUCAAGUACCACCAACAACUGUCUCUGCUUAAUACCAUUCGCAUCGAACGUUGUGUAGUCAUUCCCAAGGCAGUGUCUAUUCAAUUUCACUGCUUUUCAGACGCUUCGGAGAAAGCGUACGGCGCGUGUCUCUACGUGAAGAGUUGGAACUCAAACGGAGAGGUAUGGGUACGAUUACUAACCUCCAAAUCACGGGUUGCACCUUUACAAGUGCAAACCAUUCCUAGGCUGGAAUUAUGCGGAGCUCGUCUCGCUGCCCAGUUGUUCGAGAAGGUUUCUCGGUCAAUAAAAUUUACUGCACCAGUAUAUUUUUGGACGGACUCCACCUGCGUCCUGCGUUGGAUACGAGCAACUCCAGCUACAUGGACAACUUACGUGGCCAAUCGGGUGGCCACAAUUCAAUCGCUUACCAAGAUUUCCCAGUGGAACCAUGUUCCUGGAAUCCAUAACCCGGCCGAUCUGAUUUCCAGAGGGAUUGCGCCGGAGGACAUCGUACACAAUCUGUUUUGGUGGUAG